AUGUCCUUUUAUCUGGCUCAUACCUCUACGCAGAACAUGCAUCCUAGUCGAGCAAAAAAGCGUCAUGUCAUGAUGGAAACCCUCCAGGACCUUGUCCCAUCUCUACCUGCAGCCCCAUUGACAUCCCCCUUAUUUACUGUCUUCCCCGCCGAGAUCCGCAAUCGAAUUUAUACGCUUGCCCUUGAGUCCGAGGAUACUCUCACAGGCGACAGUUCUCGCUCCCUCUAUAAGCAAAACGCUUUCUACUACCGGCCCGGGUACAAGCAGCCUAAGCGCAUCCAGACUGCCCUCCUCCAGACAUGCCAGCAAAUCUACGCCGAGGCGUCCCUCCUCCCGCCGGCAGUAAAUGAGCAUACUUUCUGGUUCUAUCGGUCUCCGCCGCAUAUGACCCCGAAACAGCGGGCUCAGGUACAGCAUUUACACUUGUUCACCCAGCAGUAUUUCCUAGAGGAUAGUCUUUGGUCCCAGAUAUGGGACGGUCUUAAGAUAGGCGACGACGGGCGCAGUCUGCGAGGGGAGUGCAGAAUCGCACCGAAGAAGAUGACCAUCACGUUUCGCCAUACAGAUUGGUGGUUCUGGGAGAAUAAUGACCCCCUGGGCAUCGAUCCGUUCCGACCCGGGAGAACCCAGGCAGCCGAUAUGGGCAAGGCCGUUUCUCCACACGCUGCAGCUCGGUCAUGGGGAAACCAAUUUGGCUCUCUCCCCUGUCUUGAGGAACUGGUAAUCGAGUUUGAAACGAUCAUGCGGAAGAGGGACCAGCUAGAUGCCAUCAUACAACAGGCUCUCGAGUGGAAGUUUCCCCUGCAGGCUGACAAUGGCUUGUAUCUGGUCGCUGGCCCCACGUCAAAGAGGGCAUAUACUUGGGUUGGGGCGAAAGAGGCGGAGCUGAAAAGGCAGAGGCCUGCAUGGCCAGUUGAUACUGAGGCCGGGUCGGAAUCUCAAUCUGGCCAGGAACAGCAGCCGGUUCCUGAGGCCCCGGCUUUGGUGCCAUUUGAUCCUCGGUCCGACAGGGGCACCAAUAAAGACGUCAAUCUUGGAAAUUCUCAAUUCGACGCAAAUACGGAGAAGUUCUAUGUUGUCUUCUUGACUUGGAGGAAGCAGCGAGUGCAAGAGUAG